AAUUAAAAGCCUUUAUAAGAAUAUUUUAAUUAAAUUAAACAUUUUCUGUGAUAACUUUUUAAUCAUCAUAUUAACUAAAUAAAUGGGUUGUGGAACAAAUUCUAAAAUAGCUCCAAACAUCCCUCAGAAGAAAUCCUAGUUUUCUAAUGAGAAUGGAGCUAAUAAAGGAAAAUAAACUAGUACAUCUAUAGAUACAGAUUUGAAAAAUACAGAUGCUAACUAAACUCUUGGUAGUAAAAAUAAUAAUUCUAAAAAGGUUAGUCCUGCUGGCACUGAUGCAGAUUAAAAAGGACUCACCUUAUAAAUAAAUUAGAGCUAAAAAGUUCCAGGAAGUAAUUCAGCAUCAAUAUAACUAAUGAAACAAGGUUCUCAAGUGAAUACUAACAUUACAUAAUAAUAGCAAAUAAGUCCACCAAAGUUAGCAAAAGAAAAUAGCAUAUCGAUUCGUCGUACGGUAACAAAUAGUAAGCCAAGACCCUCAAUGGAUGUUUAAGAACUUCUAGGUAAAACUAUACCUAAUUAACUUUAAGAUGGAGCUUAGGGAGGAUAUUUGCCAGCGAUGAAUAGUAACUCAAAAAAUGAAAUGCCUUCCCCGUCUCCAGCGCAAAUAUCUUCAAAAACCUUCAAAGAUGGGUUUGAAUAAUAAAAAUAAGGCUCAGAAAAUUAGUUAAAUAUCGAGCGUAAAAAUAGGAAAGAAGGAUAGCAAAACAAUAAGUUAUUUUUGUAAAGCGGAAAUUAAGAUGAAAAAACAGAAAAUUAUACAAGACAAUCUAAAAAACCUAACUAAGAAGAAAAUGAUUUUAUCAUUUAAAGUUUAAAGAAUAACUCUGUCUUUUAUUCGCUUUCAGAAGACUAAAUAAAGGAAGUAGCUAAUUAGAUGUUCCUUUGUUAAACAAAGAAAGAUCAGUAUCUUUUUAAGCAAGGAGACAAAGCUUCUGCCUUCUUUUUUAUUAAAUCUGGUACUAUUGCAAUUGAAAUAGAUGAAUAAGAAAAGAAAUAAUUAGGACCAGGAACAGGAAUAGGUGAACUUGCCUUACUUUACAGUGCACCUAGAAGUGCUAGUAUCAAAUGUAUUGUAGACUGUUAAUUUUGGGCUAUAGAUAGGCAUACCUUUAGAAAGACAGUCGAAGAAAUUGUCUAAAGAGAUUCUCAAACUAAUAGAAAGUUUAUGGAGAGUGUGCCAUUCUUUAGUUUUAUGAGUGAUGAACAAAAGGACAGUAUUGCUUCAGCACUGAUUUCUGUAAGAUUUAAACCUGGAGAUAAUAUUGUAAGUGAAGGUGAUAGAGCUGAUUCCUUCUAUCUCAUUAAGGAAGGUAAAGUAUCUGUAUGGAAAAAUGGGGUUUUGAUUAGAAAUUUAUACUAAAGUGACUCAUUUGGUGAGUAAGCGCUCUAUAUAAAAUCUACAAGAGCAGCUACUGUAAAAGCUGAUGAAGAAGUGAAAUUGCUUUCAUUAGGACGUGAUGACUUAACUAGAAUUUUAGGUGGAAAAAUCUAAAAAAUUGUUUAUGCAAAUAAACAAAGAUGGGCUUACAACAAUAACCAGCUUCUACUUAAACUCACAAAUAUAUAAGUUGAAAAAAUUCUAAUGAACACAAAGAUAUCAAAUUAUAAGAAUGGUACUGUAUUAUAUGAGAAGGGGGAUUACUGUGACACCUUAAUUGCAGUCUUAGAUGGUAAUAUCAAAGGAGAAGACAGCGGAUAAAUUUUAGCUGAUAAGGGUUAAAUAUUUGGAGAUUAUUAUCUUCCUCUAACAAAUUAAAAUAUUUAGUUUGAUUAAAGAAUAGUUAUUGGCUCUGAUGCUGUAUUAUCUACAAUCAGCUUUAAAUAAUUCCACAAAUGUAUUGGCGGUGAUGUUCUCUCAGUAAUAAAGAAAAAUGUAGAUUCUCACGAAGUUAAAAUGAAAAGAGAAAACUAAAAAGAAGAUUAUUCACAUAUCAAGUUAGAAGAUUUAAUUUACAUCAAAAAGCUGGGUGUAGGAUAAUUUGGUAGCGUUUAUUUAGUUCGCAGAAAAAAUACAAGAGAGCUUUAUGCUUUAAAGAGCGUCUCAAAGGGAUAAAUUAUUGAAUAAAAUUUGGAAAAGCAUUUAAUAUCAGAAAAGAAUGUAUUGGAAAUGAUACAAUUCCCAUUCAUAAUGAAUUUCAUUCGUACCUUUAAAGACGAUUAAUCUGUUUACUUCUUGCUGAAAUUCAUCAAUGGUCUUGAACUUUUUGAUGUAAUUCGUGAUAUUGGUUUACUUUCCACUUUCGACUCUCAGUUUUAUGUUGGUUCCCUUAUUUUGUGCUUGGAGUACCUUCAUUCACGUUAAAUUAUUUAUAGAGAUGUCAAACCAGAAAAUAUGAUGGUUGACCAUACGGGCUAUAUGUAUAUGAUUGAUAUGGGUGCUGCCAAACUUUUGAGUAAAGGUAAAUCAAUAGGACGUACCUUUACAAUUAUUGGUACUCCCCAUUAUAUGGCUCCUGAGAUUAUUAAAGGUAAAGGUUACUCAUAUUCAAGUGAUUUAUGGAGUGUUGGAAUUUGUCUAUACGAAUUCAUGUGUGGAUAAGUUCCUUAUGCUGAAGACGCUCAAGAUCCAUAUGAAAUUUAUGAAGAGAUAAAUUCAAAGGAUAUAAAAUUCCCCCCUUUCUUGAAAGACAGAAAAGCUAAGCUAUUAAUUGAGUAAUUGCUAUAAAAAGUUCCCGAACUCAGGUUAGGAGGUAGUUAUGCUGCUCUAAAAACAAAUCCAUGGUUUGAUAAUUUUGAAUGGGAUUAGCUUUAUAAUAAAUAAAUUUCACCACCUUACAUUCCUCCCUAAGAAAAACUUCUGAAUUCAGAUAUGCUAGAAAAGAAAUACAGAGAAGGCAAAUUAGUUAUACAAAAAAUAAAGUAAGAGUAAGAUAAAGAUUCAACAAAAUAUAAUAUAGGAAUGGCUCGUGAUCCAAACUGGGAUAAUGCCUUCUGAAAACACAACAUUAUAAACCAAACAAAUUUUGUACAUUAAAUAAAUUUAAUAGCCAAUUGAAAUUCAAUUACAAAAAUAAAAUAAUUAUGACUCAAAAUAAAAUGCAUCUUAAACUAUUUAUCAUCCAUCACCAAUCAAUAAUCUCAUUGAUUUUAUCUAAAUAAAUAAAUAAAGCAAUUUAUAUCUAUCAAUAUAUUUAUCUAAAUAAAUAAAUAAGAAUUUUAUUAAUAAAAAAUAAUAAUUUAAUCGAAUUAAAGACUAAAUCAAUAAUAAUAAUAAAAAUAAUUCAAUAAAAAUAUAGAUAAUUUAUUUUAGUCAACAAUAAUAAUAAAAAUUAAUUUUCCUUGAUAGAAAAAUCGCAAGAUUCUAAAAAACAAACUUUUAAUCUAACUACAAAUAAAAUUUCUUUCCUUUUAUUACUUUUGUUUUAUAACAUUGAUAUUAAAAACUAUAUAUACAUAUUGCAUAUUAUCUAUCUAUUAUUAUUCAAAUAUUAAUUUACUUUUAAGAUCG